AUGCACGGACUGAAGCCGGUGGCCCGCGCGAUCUUACUGCUUUUCACCGCUGCUCAGGCAUGCGCCUGUGGGGAUGAUGGUACUCACGACCAUGGCAGGAGAGCUGCCUCACCAGUACCUUUAUCACCUCCUACGCGACCUUUGCAAUGGGGGGACAUCAACAUUCUUCAUACGACCGACACCCAUGGUUGGCUUCUUGGCCACCAGAAAAAGUCCUUCCCAGAACCAAACUACAGUGGGGACUUGGGCGAUUUUGCAUCCUUCGUGUCUCACAUGAAGCAAAGUGCCAUUGACCGCGACGCUGAUCUCUUACUCGUGGAUACGGGAGAUUUACACGAUGGCACUGGUCUUUCGGACGGUUUCCCACCAGGUGGGAUUGACGGGCACGAUUCGAAUCAAUUCCUAGCCCAAGUCCCUUAUGAUGUGAUGGCCAUCGGCAAUCAUGAACUUUAUAUUUACGCUCAUGCCCUCGACAUGCACACCAAUUUCGCACCUCAACUUAAAGGGAGGUAUCUAACCUCCAACGUCAACAUAACUGUUGCAGAUAAGCAAGGGAAUCCGGUUAGCAUCCCCCUUGGCAAUCGCUUUGCGAAAUUCAAAACGCGAAAGGGCCGCCGAGUAACGGCUUUCGGAGUAUUAUUUAAUUUCACUGGUAACGACAAGAAUACCACAGUACAACAGGUUUCUGAUAUGGUGAAUGAAAAAUGGUUCCAUGACGCUAUCCAAGACGAGCCUGACUUCUUCUUGGUUACUGGGCAUAUGCCAGUGCAAAGGGAUGACUUUCCCUUGGUAUUCAACGCGAUCCGUGCCGUCCACAGCAGUACACCAAUUGUCAUUCUAGGUGGCCACUCGCAUAUUCGGGACUGCGUUCAAUUGGAUGGACGCAGCAUGGCUUUGGAAAGCGGACGUUAUAUGGAAACCAUCGGAUGGAUGUCCAUGGACCUUGACAGACGUGGCAGCAACAAGGAUCUGAAGUUUAGUAGGCGAUACCUCGAUGCUAACCGUGUCACGUAUGAGUUCCAUUCACGCAAGAGGUCCAGCAAAUUCAAUACUCCCCUCGGAAAGCGCAUCACGAACGGGCUUCUUGACCUUGCGAAGAGAUUCGACCUCGACUUCGUGUUUGGGACUGCCCCGCAAGACUAUGUCAUCAAUCAGGCACCAUAUCCAUCCAACCAGUCAUUACUUUCCCUCUACGCGGAGCAGGUCGUCCCAGUUGCGCUAUCUGUCAACAACACCCGAUCAUCCAUUCCCAGUUACUUCGUUACUAACUCUGGCUCGCAACGGUUCGAUGUAUUUGCUGGUCCCUUUACCAAGAAUGACCAAAUCGUCGCUUCCCCGUUCACCAACAAAUUCCUCUUCAUCUCUAAUGUUACGUUAUCUUCGGCCACUAGCGUCCUUCCGAUACUGAAUAGCCAAGGCGAGCUAAGGAGAAGCGUGGAUGAUUUGGAUCGUAGAGAGAAGGAGCUUUAUGCGAAGGGUAAUAUAGAUAUCCGUUUCCGGCAAUGGCUGCAGGCUAUGGAUAAGAGGAUGGGCGAGGAGAAACGCGCUGCUGGGAAUCUGACUUUGGGAUAUGUCACCCAUGAUUCUUGCCCGGGCGUCGGCGACGAUAUUCCUCACGCUCCGUUGCCAUUUUUCUCCUUCCCGGACUUCAUCGCUUCGGGAGUGCCCAGUGUAACCUCCGACACGCCCAUCGACUUGAUUUUCGUCGAUUUCAUCCAGGAUCAAUUGUUGAACGUUCUCAACUCGGUUCAGAAAGACAGAGUAUUUAGUGCGGACGAUGUUCAGGUCUACAGCCCUUUAUUGACUAACCAGGUCAAUUUCAACUUGAACUUGAAGUUCGCCACGUUCCACGGCGAUGUCUGCGUUUUGCUGUUGUCCUACGGUGACAAUAUGGUCUUUGUUGGCAAGCCAAGGACGUACGAGAAACUAGAGAGGGUUGCGCGCGAAGAGUUUUCCUUGGCUGAAAGCACCGCUGUGAUAUUUGAAACCUCCACGCUGGAUAUCUGCCGUCAGCAAAAGGUUAGAAUUAGCAAAGGCGCAUAUGGCGCGAUGUGGCAUUGCCUUGACGCGUUGUACGUCGCCGUAAAGCCUACGGAAAAGUCUUCGGCCGAGGUGCAAGUUACCAACCUGCCAGUGGCAAGCUCAUCGCACGACGUUGAACUGCCUGCUUCAUCCCCAGCACCAGUCGAUGAUGAAAUUCCGUCUGAGAAUGAUGAUGACGACGACAACGACGACGCUGAAGAAGAGGAGACCGAACAACCAGCCCCUCCUCGGAAUAGACGUGCGGCUGCCAACAGGGUUAUGUCAACUCCCCCGCCUGAGCAUGGCGAUGCCAACGAAGAAAUUCCUCAAGAGGAGGACGAAGAUGAAGGCGAAGGUGGACCUCCGUCUGAUUCACCCAGCACAGAGGAGCCAGCAAACGAGGUUCACGAGCAGGAAAAGGAGCCCAGUACACGCGCCAUUUCUGAACCUGUGCAUGAAGAGAACAAUGAAGAGGAGGACGCUGCUGAAGAAGAAGAGGAGGAGGCUGGCGCAAAUGCUUCUGCUCCCGUGCACGACGCGGAUGUUAUUGACGAGCAACAAGAGACCCCCGAAAGCCCCAGGCGUCCUGUCGCCAGACAAGAGUCACUCGAUGAUCAAGAAUGGGCCGAGGCGAGAGCCUCGUCCAUUAUUAGUCCUCCUACUUCUGCCCCACGCGCACCGUUGGCGCAGACCGCUUCCAUUCCAGGUUCUCCAACGCGAAGUGCAGAGGCUCUAACGCCUUCAAAUAGCGAAGUGAUACUCCCUCCCUCGAGAGCUUCAGCCUCGUCUUCUAUUCGCCGAAGCAUCAAAUCGCCGCGUCCAGCCGCGCCUCCAGUUAUAGCUGCUCAUAUUUAUCCCCCGGGGUCGCAAGCUUCCGAGUCUAGUUCCAGGACCGUGACCCCCACUUACGAGCCCCCUCAUUCGCAACACCUCCAUAUCACUAUCACUUACGAGGAUCAGUCAGUGGAGUUCAAGACUCGCGGAAGGCAUACCAUCAAGAAGGUUCUCACAUCUGCAUGUGGCCAAUUCGGUUUAGACCCUCGGCGGUAA